AUUUAUUACUUCUCGGUUAGUGAAUCUCAGAAACUCCUGAGAUGGAAGGACAUUAGAGACUUCAACCAUGGGAUUCGCAGUUCGCUCUGCAACCUUUCCCUUACUCUCACAUCUCAGACACAAGCAAUCAAGCCCAACUAGAUUGCUCCAAGGCUCCAACUUUCUACGAUCACCAUCUAUUAGAAGGACCCAAGCUCUUGCCGCCUCAUCCCUUGUCCUGGGCGCUGCUUCUCCCCCAGCUUCCACUGGUGAUGUAUCUGUUCUCCUUCAAAUGAGUGCUGUACUUCUCAUGGCUUAUUGGAUCAGCAAUUUUGUUGUGCCGGACAUAAUCUCAAAGGCUCUCCAUUUUGAUAAGCCAAGCAGAGAUCCAAUCCCUGAAGAUAAAAUUCCCUCACAAGAUGAAUCAGGAAACACACUUGAGAGCAGUGAAGGAGAGCCAAGGAGGACAAGACACAGUUUCAAGGAAGCAAAAACUUCCAAGUUCUGAUAUUUUUACCUCUUCUUCUUGCAUUGUCCCUUAUUUUUGUUGUUUGGAAUGUGGUUCAUGUUCCACUAAUUUUCUUCCUAUUUGACCAUUACCAGAUCAACAUUUCAAGCCGAUACUAAAAGGUGCUUUUUAUUACACUUA